UUUCAUCAUGUUUUAUCGGUGUGUUGUGUAAAUAACGAAUGUGAUUCAUUUCAAAAUAAGGAUUUAGGUUUGAUAGUUGUAAUGAUUCAUUUUGAAAAUAUUCACGUGUUGUUUUUAUUUUUACAGCACUGCCGCGCCCCUUGUGAGGUUAAGCGGCUCGGAAAAUGUGUCGCGACGAAGCUGCGAUCCUUACAGACCACCGGGUGGCGGUAAUGCGUCAAUAUUUUGUCAACGGUGUUGACGUCAUUUCCCCGCGACGCUCCGAAAGCAAGCGCGCCCCCGGAGCCAAAAUGGAGGCGAGGUACAGCGAGCGAAGUGAAGAAAGUCAUGUCGGUGGCGUGAAGGAAGGAAACAUUUUGACGGGCUGAACGACGACGACCGACAGACAAGUCAGUGGACGACGCAGGCGGCCAUGGCGCAGCGGCGGGGGGGCGCCUGCACUUGGAAGAGACACAUCUGCGAGCAGCUCAGGCUCCGAGACCGCCUGCAACGCCACGCCUUCGACGAGAUCGUCCAGCGGUACAAUCGACUCCUGGAGAAGUCGGACCUUCGGGCCGUUCUGUCGGAGCGCUACCAGGCGGACAAGUAUGAAGUCGCGCGAGGACACGAAGCCGCGGCGACGGACGCCGGUCGCGGCGACGGGCUGGCGCUGCAGCAGGAGAUGGCCGACAUGAGGAUCCGCCACCAGGAGGAGCUGACGGAGCUGCACAAGAAACGAGGGGAGCUGGCCCAGACUGUGAUCGAGCUGAACAACCUGAUCCAGCAGAAGGACAAAGAGAUUCAGAGCAACGAGGCCAAGCUGCAGGAGUACCAGCGGCAGACGGCCGACCUGGAGGGAGACUGCCGAGAACUCAACAACUGCCUGCAGGACUUGGAGCGAGCCAACCAGACGCUGAAAGACGAGUACGACGCCCUUCAGAUUACCUUCAGCGCCCUGGAGGAAAAACUGAGGAAGACCACGGAGGACAACCAGGAACUGGUCUCCCGUUGGAUGGCCGAGAAGGCUCAAGAAGCCAACCGGCUCAAUGCCGAGAACGAGAAGGACAGCAGACGCAGACAGGCUAAACUGCAGAAGGACCUGGCGGACGCCGCCAAAGAGCCGCUUCCCGUCGACCCGGACGACAACAUCGAGGUUUUGGCCGAGGAUUGCGGGAAGGGAGGCGGCGAGACGGCGCGCGAGCGAGCGCUCGGCAGAACGGCGAGUCAUUUGUGUUCCAGUAAGAAAAUCCCGCCUUCCCAGCCGCCACCCGGCGGUCUGCUGGACUCCAUCUCCAACAUCUUCGGACGGCGAGGCGCCAACUCUUUCGGGACUUCCCCGGAAAACUGCCAGACUCCGUCGGGGGCCUGCGUCGAGGUUCGAGUCCCGUCCACGGCGCUGCACGUAUUUGAAGCGCACGACGGCGAGGUGAACGCGGUGCGGUUCAGCCCCGGCUCGCGUCUCCUGGCCACGGGAGGGAUGGACCGCAGGGUGAAGCUCUGGGAGGUGGUCUCAGGACGCUGCGAGCCCAAAGGAGCUUUGACCGGGAGCAACGCCGGCAUCACCAGCAUCGAGUUCGACAGCGCCGGUUCGUACCUGUUGGCUGCCUCCAACGACUUUGCGAGCCGCAUCUGGACUCUGGAGGACUACAGACUGAGGCACACGCUGACCGGACACAGCGGCAAGGUCCUGUCGGCCCGCUUCCUGCUGGACAACGCCCGCAUCGUCUCGGGAAGCUACGACCGGACCCUCAAGCUGUGGGACCUCCGCAGCAAAGUCUGUAUGAAGACCGUCUUCACGGGCUCCAGCUGCAACGACAUCGUGUGCACCGAGCAGUGCGUGAUGAGCGGACACUUUGACAAGAAAGUCCGCUUCUGGGACAUCAGGGCCGAGAGCAACGUGCGGGAGCUGGAGCUUUUGGGCCGGGUGACGUCUUUGGACCUGAACCACGACCGCACCCAGCUGCUCGCCUGCUCCAGAGACGACCUGCUCAAGAUCGUGGACCUGCGCACGAACGCCGUCAGGCAGACCCUCGGCGCUCAAGGCUUCAAGUGUGGCGCCGAUUGGACCCGGGUGACCUUCAGUCCCGACGGAAACUUUGUGGCCGGCGGCUCGGCGGACGGGGCGCUCUACAUCUGGAACGUUUUGACGGGCGAGGUGGACCGAACGCUGGACCGCAAUCACAACUCGGCCAUCAACGCGGUGUCGUGGUCUCCGUCGGGCACGUACGUGAGCAGCGUGGAGAAGGGCAGCAAGGCCAUCCUGUGGUCCGACAUGUGACCGGACCGGAUCGCACUGCACCGGAGGCGACGCGACGACGCGCCCCAACCCGCCUCCACACGGGUGUCCACGGACGCACUUUUUUUUUUUUUUUUUUUAUUGAAACUGUGUCCGACUCCGACGGGUUGGGUCCUACCCUCGAUGUACAGAACUGGACUUUUUUUUUUUUUUUUUUCUUGUGACUUUCUUGCCGUUAAUGUUCACUUGUCAGCACGGUCUUGACUUUGUACACACGCAAAGCCAAUAAAGACGUCCAAGCUGGCCUCGGCUCGCUUCCUAAAGCUUCAGCGAGAUGGAAGAAAGUUCGAGUGUGGAUGGAGAUGCGUGUGCGAGCAUAAUAAGCAGCUUAGCGCGUUUGUAUAAAUCCGUCCGGCCGGGGCGGAUCGUCAGUCUUCGUCGUCGUCGUCGUCAGGUGUCAUCGAGCUCCCUUGCAAUUCCGUCACCGCUUUGAUUUGAUUCUGCGCCGACGUGUCUUUGCACAUUAAUAAUAAAAGUCACGUCGAGUGUCUUGCAGGUGCGCUGAUCAUGAGUCCCAAACGGGUCGUCUUCAAGAAAGCCUCCCGAGACAAGUCUGUAAGUUAACGGCUUCGUGCUUUUGGGCGCUGGCUCUGCUACGGAAUGACUCGUGUGGCGCUCACGGAAACUAAAUGGAAUCGGCCCAAGUAGGAGACCAAUUCAUGCAUGUAAUGUAUGUAAAAGUGCCAAACGGUCACAUUUGCCCAAAACGAAAAGAAGAAACUCGCUCGAUGCGGCGCGAUUGGGGCCCCAAGAAGCGAUGCGCUGGGCCAGAGCUGGCCCCCUGGCCACCAGUUUGACACCUCUAAAACGUUCCUCCCUUUUUGUUUUUGCUUUCGGGCCAAAGAGACGACGUGAGUUGCGUUCCUUUCACUUUUCACUUUUUCUUCUCGUACUUUUGCCCCGAGCUUUGUCGUCUUUUUUGGAUUUUGUUUUCAGCGAGGCUGACGACAUCACCUUCGAGGAUUUCAGACGUUCUUACCUUCGCGCCGUCAUCGGAGACGACGACGACGACGUCUGAACUUGAAAGAGAAGGCGGGGCUAGCGGACAACUAGACAACCGUAGCAAAAAGUGCUCGGAGGGAUCGAUGGCGAACCGCCGUCUCCGUCGCCAGUUAGCGGCUUCUGGGCGGCGACGUCGAUUGCGUCUGCUUUGGAAAAUCAAAUAAAAACUCCCAAGAAAGUCACGUCAGCAUUUUUCUUGUAUUCAAACACAGCGACUCCCAAUUGUACG